GUUCACUGGUGCAAUGGGCUUUGUUUUGAAAAAGUCACUGCUCCUCAGCUGAUGAACUAUAGAAUGGCAGAGGAAGCGGACACCGGUGUUUCCUCGCGAACUGAAAGAAAAGCUUUAGAGAAGGCGAAGAUACUUCAACGGGAGAGCGAGAGGAAGAUCUUCAGACUGGUUGGACGAGUCCUGAAGAAACCAGAGGCUGAGAGGUCAGAGGAGGAGGCCGCUGUGUUACUGCUGCACAAAGACACUGUGGAGGAGCUGAGCAAGAGAAAAGUGCGUAGGAAUGUGCUGAAGAGGAAGCAGGAGGAGGUGUUUGAUGAUGCUGAAGAGCUGAGAAAUAAAGUGAGGCAGCUGGCUGUGGCAGUGAAACAAGCAAAUCACCUGGUGGUUUACACUGGUGCUGGGAUCAGUACGGCAGCUUCUAUUCCAGACUACAGGGGUCCUAACGGGGUGUGGACACAAUUACAGAAGGGACGGGCAGUCAGUUCAUCUGACCUGAGUAAAGCAGAGCCGACCCUCACACACAUGUGUAUUAGGAUGCUACAUAAAGAAAAUAUGGUGAAGCAUGUUGUGUCUCAAAACUGCGAUGGACUUCACCUGCGUAGUGGUUUACCCAGAACUGCCCUGUCUGAGCUGCAUGGAAACAUGUUUAUUGAGGUGUGCGUUGCCUGCUCCCCUGUCAGGGAGUACGUUCGUUUAUUUGACGUGACAGAGCGAACGUCGCUGCACAGACACGGGACAGGCCGCAGGUGCAGCCACUGUGGCAGUGAACUCAGGGACACCAUCGUGCACUUUGGUGAACGUGGGACUCUGGAGCAACCACUCAACUGGAGGGGGGCAGCAGAGGCUGCCGAGAUGGCGGAUGUUAUCCUCUGCUUGGGCUCCAGUCUUAAGGUGCUGAAGAAAUACAAUUGUCUGUGGUGCAUGAACAGACCAGCAAAUAAAAGGCCCAAACUCUACAUCGUUAACCUUCAGUGGACACCAAAAGAUGACCUGGCUGAACUGAAGAUUAAUGGCAAGUGUGAUGAUGUCAUGAGCCUCCUCAUAGAACAGCUGAACUGUCAGGUUCCUGUAUAUGACAGGGCUGAGGAUCCCAUCUUCAGUCUCGCCACACCUCUCCGACCUGAGGAGCUGGACAGUCAUAAUCGCGAGGUCAUUAGCACAGAGAACAAGCCACAGGACAACUCAGCUGACACUACAGGACAAGACACAGCUGUGCAGGGUGGCUGGUUCGGCCGAGGAUACGGUAAAGGACGAAAAAAUAGGAAAAAAGCGGUUUUGUAGACUGCAUACAUGGUGGUCUGUCACAGCUCCUUAUAUUUGAUCCCAAUGUGGGAUUCAGAUUUCAGUCCCAUGUUGAGGACAACCUGGACUUAACAUUUUAGGGUGCUGUUAUAUCUUCUUUGGUGCAGUAUUAUCAUGUAAUGUCAGUCACAUGCAUUGAGUGUGUUGAGUAAAAAAAAGAAACACAACUGGACAGUUUCCAUUUUAGAAAUGGCACUUUGCACCACAAACCUGUUACAUAACACACACUUUGAACCAUCAGCAAGAUGUACGAGUGUUUUAUGUUACGCUAAACACGUUUCUUAUCCUGCUAUCUUUAUGACAGCAGAGCUCGUUGGGUUAGGCUGGAUGUGUGUGCAGUGCAUGAUGGCAGCAGCGUUGCUCUGCUGUGUCUUGCCUUUGGCUAUUGUUUACACCAGGUGAGUGUAUCCUGCUCUCCUGCUGCUUCUGGUAUGUUUACAAAGAAUUUGCCUUUGGAAAUCAUAAACUGUUGUUAUUGUUAAAUACUCUCCAGUACUCGACUGAAUUUUCAUAUUAAACCUUUAAUGGAUUCAGCUAACUGAAAUGCUGGAUUUCCCUAAAUUUGACACAGGAACAGGAUUUGCUGUCUUUUGUGACAUAUAGGACACAUAGAUGCUGAAAGUGUAAAGAAAGAUCAUUUUCUCUGUAUAGCCAGUGUGAAUGGUCUCAUUAGUUAUGGUAUGUGGAAAUAAACGGAGACACAUCACACAUUCAUCCACUGCAGAACUGGCCUUAGUCUAUAAUUAUGUGUUUGAAAACCAUGAAAUUAUUAUACUGAAAUUCUAAUGUUUAACAAUGUAACAGUGGAUAGCAGUGUGAAGUUUUAUAACCACUACAGCAGCACCGUUAUUUUCUCUGUUGUCCAUCUCUAUUUUCAGUAUAUCACAGAUACAGUUUAACACAAUAACAGCCUGAAAUGUGCUGAAUUAUUAUUUUUGGUGGGAUAUCACUUUUAAUUCUGUUUAAUGGGUAUUUAGGUUGCAAACUGGUACAUCAAAGAGAAUAAUUACAUGUGCAAAUGGUACAUAAAAAAUAGAUUUGUUGCUUUUUGUGUGACCUACACUUACACUGGAACAAGAGCACGACCCUGGCUUUCUUAAAACUGGAGUGGAAUCCUAAUUAAUGUCACUGGUAAAUCCUGUUUGUCUGAUUAUUUACAUUCCACCAGGUUUUGUUUAAGACUUGCUUCAGCACUGUCACUUCCAUGUAUUUGUGGAAAGAUGUUUUGUCUUGGUGUUGAUUUAAUUGCAAAUUCACACAUCUGGAUGACAACAGAAUACCAAAGGCCACAUUCUGGAUAAUGUGAUGACGUCACCUUUACUGAGAGUUAAAACAUUUAGGUCAGACAUUUAUUGCUUUUUCAUUGGUAUUUUUUUCCUGACUGUGCCCUUUUCAACAACAAAAGUUGGCAGGGACGGGUAAAAAGCUGAGGGCAAAUUUCCUUAACGGGAUUGAUUAAGUUACUUUAACCUUGACCCUAAUUCCUGAACUCACACCUUUGCUGUGCCAUCACCCAUGCUCAGGUUUGCUGGCUCCACAGUCAUUGACUGUUGUAUCCUGGUUUACUGAAGUCGUUGCUUACAUUUGUGUCUCAUAUGUUUACAUCUGUAGAAGAACGAAUGCAAUGUUUUGACUUAAUUUUUUCCCCAGCAGUAGUUAGUUUUGUGUCAGGUGUGAAGUUUUUGUUGGUUUUGAUAGGAUGCUGCCAAAUAAUUUUUUAUUAAUUUGUCUCAGGAAGAUCCAGUAUUAUUAAAAAUGGCAUCUUGUAUUACAGCGUCAGAAGUUGUGAAUGUGGCUUUCUAUUAUAAGCUAGCGUUUAGCAUUCCAAAACUCACACAUAUGCUAAAAGAAGGUGUGAUAUUUUCUGAGACAAUAAAGUGUUUCUCAUUUUAA